AUGUCUCUCCUAGUCUUCUUAUUUUCCCUCCCUCUUUUCGCUCUUGCUUCGCCUUCUGGACACGUUCGUCGUCAAUUUGACAUAACCGUUCACUGUGGCACUUGGGACAGUGUCACAACUGGCCCUUACAGCAUCAACCUCGAUCAAUGGGGUGCAACUGGUGCAACAUCUGGGGAAUCCUGUGCGCGCUGGAUAUCACUCAGCGGUACGACGGCGUCUUGGGUCAACAAUUGGACAUGGACCGGCGGAACGGGCGUGAAGAGCUACACAGACCUCCAGCUCAACGAAGGAAUCAAUCAGCAGCUUUCCGCUAUUAGAAGUAUGCCAUCGAAAUGGUCUUGGAGCCAGAGCACGAGUGGAUCUAUUGUGGCCAACGUCGCGUACGACUUCUUUACGUCCACCUCUUUUAGUGGCUCGGCCUCGAAUGAGAUUAUGAUUUGGCUCGCCAACUUCAACGCGGGUCCUAUAUCGUCUGUUUAUGGAUCAGACGGUUUGCCGACGCCUAUCGCUAGCAGUAUUUCUAUUGCUGGAAAUUCUUGGAAUCUAUAUCAAGGCUCUAACGGGGCGAACAACGUGUUCUCCUUCUUGCCUUCAAGCAGUGGAACAGAGAUCACAAACUUCAGCGGUGACAUCUUCGGCUUCUUUGAUUACCUCAUCUCGAAUGAGAACCUUCCGUCCUCUCAGUACCUCACCACUGCUCAAGCAGGUUCCGAAGCCACCUCUGGAACGGCUACCUUGACUACGACUGCCUAUAGUCUGUCGAUCGAGUAG